AACUUUUUAUUGUGGUUUGUCCGUUCCGAGCGCUCCGCAGAGCAGUCCUCCCUGUAAGAGCCUAACCAUUGCCAGGGAAACCUGCGCUGGGCGCUUCCUUCAUUACUAGUAAUUUUUUAUUAAUCUAAUUAAUAAUUAUUUUUCCCCUAUUUAAUUUUUCCCCUCCUCCCAGGUGGAGUUGCUGGAAGCUGGGGUGGGGGAGACCUGGGGAGGGCGGGGUGGGAGGGGAGAGGCUGGAGUUGGGAGCAUCUCACCCUCUCUCCUACCCGACCCUCUGGCCCCCCAAGGGGCAGAAGGAAUGCAGGAGUAGGAGUUGGGAUCGAGAACUGCGGAUGCCUCCACCCCUCCCCUCUCCCAGACUCUCCCUCCUGCCCCCUUCCUGCAACUCUCCUUAAUUUUAUUUGGCUUUUUGAUGAUCGUGACUAUUUUUUUUAAUUUUUAAAAUUCAUACAAAAUAUGUGUGUGUAUGGAGCUGAGACAGGCUCGGCAGCGGCACAGAGGAAAGACGAGAAAGACAGAGAGUGGGAGAGAGAGAGAGGCAGAGAGAAAGAGAGAGAGAGAGGGAGAGAGGGAGAGUGACAGCAGCGCCGGAGGGGCCACAACCCCCAGACCUCCAGAAAUGACGUCAGAAUCAUUUGCAUCCCGCUGCCUCUACCUGCCUGGUCCAGCUGGGACCCUGCCUCGCCUGCCCCAAGGCCAGAGGGUUGGAAAUUAAUGAUCAUGAGCUCGUAUUUGAUGGACUCUAACUACAUCGAUCCGAAAUUUCCUCCAUGCGAAGAAUAUUCGCAAAAUAGCUACAUCCCUGAACACAGUCCGGAAUAUUACGGCCGGACCAGGGAAUCGGGAUUCCAGCAUCACCAUCAGGAGCUGUACCCACCACCGCCUCCGCGCCCUAGCUACCCCGAGCGUCAAUAUAGCUGCACCAGUCUCCAGGGGCCGGGCAAUUCGCGAGGCCACGGGCCGGCCCAGGCGGGCCACCAUCACCCCGAGAAAUCGCAGCCGCUCUGCGAGCCGGCGCCCCUCUCAGGCGCCUCCGCCUCCCCGUCCCCAGCCCCGCCAGCCUGCAGCCAGCCAGCCCCCGACCAUCCCUCCAGCGCCGCCAGCAAGCAACCCAUAGUCUAUCCAUGGAUGAAAAAAAUUCACGUUAGCACGGUGAACCCCAAUUAUAACGGAGGGGAGCCCAAGCGCUCGAGGACAGCCUACACUCGGCAGCAAGUCCUGGAAUUAGAGAAAGAGUUUCAUUACAACCGCUACCUGACCCGAAGGAGAAGGAUCGAGAUCGCCCACUCGCUGUGCCUAUCUGAGAGGCAGAUCAAAAUCUGGUUCCAAAACCGUCGCAUGAAAUGGAAGAAGGACCACCGACUCCCCAACACCAAAGUCAGGUCAGCGCCCCCGGCGGGCGCUGCGCCCAGCACCCUCUCGGCAGCCACCCCGGGCACUUCUGAAGACCACUCCCAGAGCGCCACGCCGCCGGAGCAGCAACGGGCAGAGGAUAUUACCAGGUUAUAAAACAUAACUCACACCCCUGCCCCCACCCCAUGCCCCCCAUCCUCCCCCCACACACAAAUUGACUCUUAUUUAUAGAAUUUAAUAUAUAAAUAUAUAUUUUUGGUUCUUUUUCUCUCUUCCUCCUGCCUCCUCCCUUGUUAAUUCCAAACAGACAAAACAGAUAAACAAACAAGCCCCCAACCCUUCUCUCCCUUCCACUGUUAAAGACCCUUUUAAGCAUGUGAUGUCUUAGCAUGGUACCUGCUGUUUUGUUUUUAUUUUUAAGGCCAUUUGGGGAGGGUUAUUUAUUUUUUAAGGGGAAAAAAAAGCUGCAAGAAUUAUAUAUUGCAAGGCACGAUGGUCUGUCUGGUUUGGGGGAAUUUCAGGAGAAAUGAGGAAAAGAAAAAAGGAAAGGGAGAUUUUUAAGCCAAUUCUCCUCCUCCUCCUCCUCCCCCUCCUCCCCCCCUCUUUCCUUAGGCCUUUUGCAUUGAAAAUGCACCAGGGGAGGUUAGUGAGGGGGAAGUCAUUUUAAGGAGAACAAAGCUAUGAAGUUCUUUUGUAUUAUUGUUGAGGGGGGUGGAAGGAGGGGGGAGGACAGAAGACAAAGCUAAAUGCAUCUGGAGAGCCUCUCAGAGCUGUUCAGUUUAAGGAGCCAAAAGAAAAUCAAAAUGAACUUUCAGUUCAGAGAGGCAGUCUAUAGGUAGAAUCUCCCUGUCCCCCCUCCCAACAUUCUUAUCGUGGUUAUUGUGUUUUUGGACUGAAUUUACUUGAUUAUUGUAAAACUUGCAAUAAAGAAUUUUAGUGUCGAUGUGAAAUGCCCCGUGAUCAAUAAUAAACCAGUGGCUGUGAAUUAGUUUUA